AUGUUGAAGUAUGUUGACGAUCGAGGUCUGGGGAAAUCAAGUUAUUAUGGAUUGAAUGACAGUCUGUAUUCAUCCCUGUAUUCCAAGAUGACGCCUAUUCAAGUAACAGAUGCCACACCAUGUGAUGGGUUAGACUGGGGGGCUGUAUUUGGUUUUGGAUUUUCUCCAGAUGGGUCUAUGCUGGCAGCAGCAUGUGAGAACAGAUGCAUGCUUCUCUAUGAUCCAAAGAAUGCACGUCUCAUACAGAGAAGGUUUAAAACACACACUGAUUGUGUUAACGGUGUUAGAUUUCUUGACAAUCGGAUGUUUGCUACAUGUUCAGAUGAUAAUACUGUUCGCCUGUGGGAUGCCAGGUUUCUGUCCUCAGAGAUUCGUAUUAUGAGAGGUCACACUAGCUGGGUUAAAAACAUUAAGACAGAGCCGCUGUUUUACAUCAAUGGUAUGAUGAGGACAAAGUUAACUCCAAGUGAAGAUAAAAUGAUUGUGUCCACUCUGGCAGGGUACUUUCUGCUUAUUCAUGACCUCGACCUUCACAAUCUGAAAGCUGAUAUGGCCGG